AUGCGCGUUAUCGCUGCUCUUGGCCUCGCGGCUUUGACCUCUAUGGUCUCUGCCCGUCCUCACGCCCACGGUCACCACCACGCCCACCAGGAGCGUGAUGUCCAGGAACGUGACGUUGUUGUCGACUGGGUCACCAAGGUCGAAUGGGUUACCGUUACCGAUGAGGUUUCCCCUCCUCCUGCUCCUACCACCUCUGCUGAGCCAACCACCACCACCACCAGCGCUGAGGUGACCCCCACCAGUCUGGCAAUCCAGCAGGCCGAAAUCCAAAUCCCCUCCAGCUCUUCCAGCUCUUCCAGCUCUACCAGCUCCUCCAGCUCAGUCGCAACCGUCCAGCCAACCCCCAUCGUCACCCCAACCUGGACUACCUCCUCUUCUGUGGUCCCCAGCUCCACCUCCGACGUGAUCGAAACCGCCACCGCUACCGGCGGCUCCGGCGUCAAGAUCGAAAACAACCUCGGCCAAACCAUCUACAUGUGGGCUACCUCCAACCUGGCCGGAGAGAUGGACACCAUUGCCGACGGUGAAUCUUACACUGAGACCUGGCAGAUUAACCCCGAUGGAGGCGGUAUCUCCAUCAAGCUUGGAACUACCUCUGAAGAACUCUCUGUGCUCCAGUUCGAGUAUACUAAGGAAGAUGAGACUAUCUGGUGGGAUAUGUCUUCUAUUAACCUUGACAAGACUUCCUUGUUCGUUCAAAAGGGUUUCUCCGUUACUUCUAACGAUGCUUCUUGUUCCACUGUUACCUGUGAUGCUGGCAAUGAGGAUUGUUCCGAGUCUUAUCAGCAUCCUAAUGAUGUUGAUACUCGCUCUUGCACUUCCACUGCCGCUUUCACUCUUAAGCUGGGUGUUUAA